AAGUACGAGAUUAUUUUCGUUAUUUUUUAACGUUAGAGACGUUAGAAAAUGAGAAAGUGCAACGCAGAAGUCUUAAAAUACGUGGAAUUUAUUCUUAUUUUACCUAUCUCGUCACUUGACGUCACUAUACAGGGGUCUAAUUCCAUUUAAGGAAGUCGCGCUAUUUAUGCUAUCUCAUUGGAGAAACAAGCGAAUUAACAAGCUAUCAUUGGUUAACUCUUUUUAUUACGUUACUUUUAUUUGAUAACACUUUUUCGACGUGGGAUAUAGCAUCUUUCUCGUUUUGUAAGUCUAACUUAAGCCAUGUUUUACGAUCCUACUCCUCCGUUAAGUUCCAGUUGGUCUGAAUGGUCGGAAAGAAUGAGCAGACCCAGCCAUUACGAUGAUAUGGAGUGGGGUAGACCUUUUAGAGAAUACACAGGGUCUUAUACAAACCCUAGAAUCAGAAGAUUUGAUUUCGCUGAUGAAAGUCCCAGAAUGUCAAGAACUAGUAGUCGAUCGGAUGUGGAAAGCAUGCCAGAAACAGACGAAAGCAUUGAACAGGAAGGAAAACCACCAAGGGUGCACCGAAUUCCAAUUAUGGUGGAGUGUCGAGACGAGUUUCAAUCUACCAGUCGCCCCCAAACUCCCGAAUCUUCGAGAAUACAGGAAGAUAUGCCUCGGUUUACGGAUUUCGAGACUCAACAGAGCAACACGGUCCCACGCAGGAGACGUAGAAAUGUUGUAGAAGAAGACAUUCAGCGUAGUCAGUCGCAGUCUUCGGCAGAGCCUAUGUAUCAUAAAUUCGCUAACAAAGUCCCGGAACGUAGGCGACGAAAUGUAACAACAGUCAAAGUCAAUUGCGAACCCGAAGAGGUGAAAGAAAAAUCGAGCGAUCAAUCAACGGAAAUCGAAUCUAUAAUUAAAGAAGUAGAAGAUUUAAAGACGCAGGUGGAGAAUUUGACAGAAGUCCAAGAUAAACUAUAUCGUUAUUUAGACGAAAUGUUGACUCGCUGCAUGCUAAAAUUAGACAAUAUCGACACCAUGGGUUCGGAGGAUAUACGCUUGGCAAGAAAGAACGCUAUAGGAAGAGUCCAAUCGUGUAUCGACUUAUUAGAAUUGAAAGCUCAUCCUCCUCCUCCUCCUUCUCCUCCUCCUCCUCCUAAGCCUUCUCAAACAGAUAAUCAAAAUUCCGAUUGCGAAAACACUGUGAUCAGCUUACCGUUCUACGAUAAACAGCCAUCUAGAGAGGAAACGAUGUCACAAACCGAACAGGUGUGUAGUAAAGAUGAGAAAGAUGACAACGUAGAACCUAAUAAAAGUAUUAUAGUUCUCCCUUAUUACAAAACAACGGAAGUGACGCAUCCCGACCCGCAGAAGGAUAAAACAGACAAGAACGAAGACGUAGAGCCAAACAAAAAUGUUAUAGUGCUCCCUUAUGAGAAAUCAGAAAACGAACAGAAAACACCCGAAAAGACUGUUAUUAUGUUGCCUUUUCACGAAAAUAAGGAAGAAAAUAAGAACGUCAUACCUCUACCCUUCCACGAAAGUGUCGGAUGCAACGAUUCCUGCAGUGAAAGCUACUGUACAAAGCUGUGAUGACGGUUGUCUUAUUAAUAGGCUAUAUAGUUUAUUAAUACGAAUACUAGUUGUUCUUUUUUAAAAAUUUGUAUAUUUAUGUACAGAUUAAUUAAUUUAAUACGCGGGCGUAUAAAUGAAAGAAUAAACAAAGUUUGGAUUCUUCGUAUAUCCA